AUGUCGUCCUCGCCAUCGUCGUCGCCGCCGGCCACUUCCCCGCCCGCCGCGCCGGCCAACGGUACGGCCGCGCCGCCCACUGCCGCGCCGCCGCCGCCGUCCAACUCCUCCUCUCCCACCUCCCCGACGCCCCCGUCCACGCCCACGCCCACGACACCGACGCCAGCGCUCGCUCCCCCCACCGCUCCCGCGCCGCCCGGGACGCCCCCCGCGCCGCUGUCCCCGAACGCGGCCGCGCUCCCCGCGCCCGGCAGGGCGACGCCGGCCUCGGCCUCGCCGCCGUCGCCGUCCUCCUCCGGGUCGGGACUCACCACGUCCGUCGUGGUGGGGAUCGCGGUCGGCGGCUUCGCCGUGCUGCUCCUCGGCAGCCUGUUCUGCCUCUGCCUCUUCAGGAGCAACAAGAGGAGGCGGCGGCGGCACCACCACCACCCGCCCCCGCCACCGCCGCCGCCCCACCUCAUGCACUACUACGGCCACCCGCCGCCGCCUCCGCCUCCGCCGCCGCCGCACAAAGGAAGAGGCAGACCAACCUUGGAUUGGCUGACAAGACUAAAAAUUGCUCUGGGUUCUGCGAAGGGAUUGGCAUAUCUUCAUGAAGAUUGCCAUCCUAAGAUCAUUCAUCGUGACAUAAAGGCCUCAAAUAUUCUUCUUGAUCUAAGAUUUGAAGCUAAGGUGGCAGAUUUUGGACUUGCAAAAUUCACUUCUGAUACAGACACCCAUAUUUCAACCAGAGUAAUGGGCACAUUUGGGUACCUAGCACCUGAGUAUGCUGCUUCUGGCAAGCUCACUGAGAAAUCAGAUGUCUUCUCUUUUGGAGUAAUGCUUCUUGAGCUAAUAACUGGGCGGCGCCCUGUAAAUUCAAGACAGGCAGAUGACAACUUGGUUGACUGGGCAAGGCCUUUGAUGAUAAAAGCAUUUGAGGAUGGUAAUCAUGAUGCUUUAGUGGAUCCCCGGCUGGGAAGUGAGUAUAUUGGUAAUGAGAUGGCGAGGAUGAUAGCCUGUGCAGCUGCAUGUGUUCGCCAUUCUUCACGGCGGCGGCCACGAAUGGGUCAGGUUGUCCGGGCCUUGGAAGGCGACGUGUCCCUGGACGACCUGAACGAGGGCGUGCGGCCCGGGCACAGCCGGUUCAUGGGGUCCUACAGCAGCUCGGCGUCCGACUACGACACCAACCAGUACAACGAGGACCUGAAGAAGUUCCGGAAGAUGGCGCUGGGCGGCAGCGGGCUCCAGAGCAGCAGCGGGCAGACGCCAACGAGCGAGUACGGGCAGAACCAGUCGGUGUCGAGCAGCGACGGGCACCAGGGGACGACGCAGGAGGCGGCGGAGCCGGCGGGGAGCGUGAAGACAGACGGCGACAGCGCGGCCGCGGCGUCGUGA